UACAAUGGCCACGAAUUCUACGUGGUCUGGAUCCUGCUUUGGGCCGAGAAGAAACCAGAGUGCCCACUGUGCAGAAGACUGAUAGAGUCUGUCAGGUUUUCUCUGCAGGAACAGAAGUAUCUGGAGUGUGUCAUCACACUCCCUGAAGAAUCACCAGAGGGCAGCAGCCAAGCAGAAGGAGCUCUUGGCCUCCUGGAUGGAAACAGCUGCCAUCGCCCUGCAGGGUCCCCUCCCUCUUCUCCACAGUGGACACUCUCCCCAGCUGAGCAAGGGGCUGCAGGGACUGGGGCCGUGGCUGGCCUCCUGCCCAAGGUCUGGGCACAACUCUUCAAAAAAAAGGAGCAUCUCCUUGACCCUGUGCUGCCCUGGCUGCGCCAGAGGCUGGAGGCAAUAUUUGGGUCCCGAUGGUGGCUGGCAGUGAGAGCAGAGAAGAGCAUCUUGUACAUCCUGUGCCUCUGGGGUCCAGACAAGGAGGUCAUGCUCCAGAUGCUGCAGCCUCUCCUUGAGCAAUGUACAGAACAGCUGGUUGAUGGCAUCAUCAGCAUCAUUGUGGGUCAGUGCAGCGAGGAGGCCCAGAGGCUGCUGCACUCCCAUGCUGCUGGGGAGGAGGACAACAGCCCUGAGGCCAGCUCCUGCUCCACCAGCUCCCAAGGAGGCACUCCCACUUGGCCCCCAAGCCCUGCCAGCAGCCCUGCAGGCUCCGACAUGGAGGACCAACCCAGCACAACAGAAGCUGCCCUCUGUGCCCUCCAAAUCAUCCAUCCAUCUGUGCCCAUCCCUACAGAGCAGGUGCAGCCCCAGGAGGAGCAGGGGGAGGCAGUGGUGGCAAGUUCCUCUUCCCACAAAAGCAGCUGCAAUCCUGUUACUCCUUGUCAGGGCUGGAAACACUCACCUAGAGGGCCCAAACAACCCCAAAAGAGGAGGGCCCCUAGUGUUCAAGGACCCUCCGCAGCACUGCAAGCAGCCACUCCACUGGCAGCACUAACAGGGCUGCAGCGAGUCUUUAGAUAA